AUGGUUGGUUUCUGUGCUGCGCUGCUCCCCGCGUUGGAGGCGGUGGAGAAGGGGAUGGACAGGCUAGUGACGACGGCGAUGGUGGGUGAUACAAUAAGGUGUUUGGAGGCGAUGCGGGAGGCGGCGGAUCGUCUUAUUGGCCUCGCCAAUGCCAACGGGGUGUCGUUGGCGGCGACAAUGACGACGCAGAAUACAGACAGCGAGGGGUUAUUAUUACCGGACGAGACUGAAAGAAACGAGGAGGGGAGGAUGUAUGAAUUGGAGAAAAGGGGCGAUCACGGAGAGGAGGAUAAGAAAAGCGAGGAUGACAAGAGAAACGAGGAGGAUAUGGCAGAGGACGACGAUAAGGCAGAAGACGUUGAUAAGAUGAAGAAAGAGAAACAAGGAAAUGAUGAGGUUGUUGGAACGCUAGAGAAGCUGCGCAACGAGCUGCAGAACCUCGUGCGCGCGGUGUGGGGGCCGGUCCUCGCCGAUCUUGACAAGAUUCUCACAGACGGGCUUCAGCGAGCAAGAGACGUGGCCCGAGACGCUAUAAACACUUGGUCCGGGCGAAGUGAUGAGGUAAAGGGUCAUAUGAGCGCAUCCCUCAGGAGCCUUUUCCCCGACGGCGACGAGGCGAACGCACUUUACUACGAGAUACUAGCUAGCGGAAUCACCAGCGAGCAGCAGCUGGCAAGACUCACCGCCCUGGUCACGGAGUUAGACCGGAGCACUAAGACCCGUAUCGGCUCUGUUGCACUGGACGCUGCCGAUGUGUCCCCUGCUGCAGUAGCCUCCGACACGGAUGGCGCUAAGAAAAAGACCCGGAACUACGAUACGAGCGAAGCUAUUCCCGGGGCGAAGAGAGCACGGCGCAAUUACAGACUCGGCAACAUCAACGUCAAGGAGAAAGGCAAACAGAAGCAGAACGGGACGUCGAACCUAGCGCCUAUACACUACCGUUGUGCUCAAGAAAGGAGAAACUCUACUGUGCCUUCCUGUGGCCCCGCGGUCGAUAACCCUAGGAUGCCGAUGCCCGACAUGGGCACAGAACUCCACGAGCCCUCGCCGGGCACACACGGAACCGGCCAGGAGCUAGAGGGAGAGAAUAACGAAUCGCUUCUGGUUGAGCCCUCGGCUGCAGCGAACGGCGCCCAACCCUCGGCGACUACCACGGCCGGUGCUCAAGGAGCCUUAGCUGCGAUGCAGCAACCCAUCGCGCGCACGUUGCCGCUCGAGGCACAGUGUGAGCUGGCCCCGGCUUUCAAUCCGGCCUAUUAUGCCAUCACCUAUCUAGGGCCAACGCCCGCCCCGCUGCCCGGCCAGGACUACCUGGCCCGGGGGGACAUACUGCCGGUGAUGCUCGCUGGCCAGCCAGUUGGAGCGCCACCGCUGAUGUACGCCGCCGUCUAUCCCACCGGUCUCCCGCUUCAACCUCUUCUCGGCGAACAGCCCUGA